AUGGCUCGAUUUCAAGCUGUUCUUUUGAUUGUUGUCCUUGCCUUUCUUAUGAUAGGAAGCAACACCGUUAAUGGACAAUGCAACACAUGUUCUACAGGUGGCUGUUGUCCAUCUGGUUGGUUUUGUUGUUCACUUAAUAGUGUUCCUGGCUGUUGCCGAUUUAGUCGAAGUGCUGGUGCAGAUGAUAUGACUACGAUACCUCGAUAUAAUCUUAAUCCACCCAGCAGCAACUGA